UCUGAAAGCAAUAGAAGAUUAAAGGGGCCAAUUAAAUUUGGAAUCUUGCUGAAAAACAGUCACGGGAGGAAACAGCUACAAGGUGCAAAACCUCUACUCAUAUAGAGAACUUGCAUUAACUCCUAUCUCUUAUUCAACACCAAAGUACUCAACUCAAUAAUAAUCACAAGACUCCCAUUUCCUCCUAAUUGACAUCAUCUCAAGACUAUGAGAUGAUGGACCUCAAAUACAUGUGGGUGCUUGUUUCAAUCAACAGGUUCAUUCUUGACACCUUGGAAAAUGAAAAAACAAGGAGUGCUCUAAAAUUGAGAUGCACCUCCAAGUUAAGGAUUCAAAAGCAGGAGUUUUUUGAGUUCUCUGAGCAAUCAGUGUUGUCUAAUCUUUACUGGGGUGUUGAUAGCAUUGAGGCUGCAAUUCAAGCACAACAGCCGGAAGAAAGAUCUUUUAGGCUAAUGAAUUCAGAACAAAUGCUUCAGGUUCCAGCAAUGCUUGAUGAAGAAGAGGUCACAGCCACAAUUCCAAACCGUUACUUGGUGUGCUGCUCCUACUUUUAUCUCUCAGUGGUGAGGAAACUUCAGGGUGAUGAAUGGCAAGCAGCACUGCAUUUUCUACAAGCAGUGUUGGUCUCUCCAAAACUUGUUUGGACUGAAUUUGCAUCGGAACUCUGUGAGAGUCUUUUCCCACUAUCAAACAUACCCAAAAGGCAAGAAAACAAUGGCCAUAGAAGUUUGGAAUUUGAUUCUUCCAGGACUUCUGAAGAUGAAAUCAAUGAAGCAGUUAGGGAGAUGGCAAGGAGGUACAAGGAAUGUUUGGUCUAUUACCAGGUCAUGCUUUAUGGAGAGACUCCAUGGUGGCGCAGUUAUUGCAGCAAACAACAAUCAGAAUGUUCUAUGGAUGUACCAAAUACCAGCUAUGUAUCUUCAGCUUCAGUUCAACAUGAACCAAGAUUAACAACUUGCAAUAUGUAUGAAAAGGUUCAUCCACUUGAUCCUCAAGAUGUGAGGCAUACAAUGGAACAAGAAUCUAAACAAUUCAUGGAUGUUGCUGAAUAUGAUCACAAGAAAGCCCUCAAACAAUUUAAUUCAUUUAAGUAUCGUAGCAUAGAGGACCAAACAAUUUCAAGCAUCAAAUGCUUUGAGGAUAUGUUGAAAGAAGCACACACUAAAACACCAGCAUUAUUGGAUGCAUGCUAUGAGGAUUUUAGAGACAAAAGGGACCUGGAAAAUGUGGAUGACCGAAAUUUUCCAAUAAGAACAACAAUAACAAAAGCAGAUGAUUUACCACCAUUAUAUGACCGGAAACUACAUCAACACUCUGGUUUGACUCAAGCUCCUCAUUAUCCAAUGCAAGAACAGUCAUUGGAUAAGAGAAACAUAAUUAAGAUUGAUUCUAGCAGAUUUGACAGGUCCAUAGAAGAUGUUACUUUAUCUAUCUCAAAAUACAGAGAUAAAACAAUAAAUACUUAUUUAAAUUGUCAUGUAGAGGAUGAAUUCAUUGACGAAGUAGGGCAGCCACUAAAAUUGCAUCUCUUUGAUCAUGUAACCUUUACAUCUACUUGCAAACAUAAACCAAGCCAGAAAAAUCAUGAAGAAAGCUCUGAGAUGAAAUCAUUGUAUAGCCUAGGAAACUUUGAUGAAGUUUGUUCAAAUUCCAGAAGAUAUUCCCUGCAGGACCGUUCAGGAAUGACUGAAAGGAGAAUUCAAGAACUACAAUAUUCAGAGGCAUUAGGAAAAUGUGAUGAAGAAUAUACUGUAGACAUUGCAUCCAUUUAUGAGAGUUUGAUUAGUUCAUCAGGUGCUACUUAUGCUUCCUUGAAGGAUGUGAUUUUGGAUGAACUGUUAAUAGUUAUCUCUACUUCUAAAGAGGAAAGAAAAAUAAGGGCCUCAGUAUCUAUUCUGACUACAAUAAUUUCAAGGAACAAGUCAAUUAUAGAAGAUGUCAAGAAGAAAGGUUUGAGGUUGUGUGAUCUGGCAAGUGCUCUUAAACAAAAUGUCCAUGAAGCUGCAAUUCUAAUAUAUUUAAUAAAUCCAUCACCUAUAGAUAUAAAAACAUUGGAACUUCUGCCAAUAUUAGUGGAGAUUGUGUGCACUUCAAAUAGUUACAAGAAUAAGCCAGAGUCACUUCUUCUGACACCUCAUGCCGCAUCAUUGAUGAUCAUUGAAGAACUAGUAACUUCUUUUGACUAUGCCACAAAUAACAUGCAUUUGGCCACAAUCAGUUCUCCUCACGUUCUCAGUGGACUUCUAGAAGUUGCCAGAAAUGAUAAUCUAGACGAAUUUUUCUCUUUGACCACCAUUCUUAUAAAAUGCAUACAGUUUGAUGCACAGUGCAGAAAGUAUGUGUCACAAUUCACUCCACUUGCUCCCUUUAUCCACCUUCUGCAGUCAGAAAACACCCGUGCCAAAUGCAUGGCUCUUGAAUUUUUUCAUGAAAUCCUUUGCAUACCACGAUCAUCAGCUAUUAAUCUGCUGCAGCGUAUACAGCAAGAAAAAAGCAUAAAUAUUAUGCAGAUACUAAUGCAUUGUGCCUAUCAAUUACAACCUGAUCACCAGCUUUUAGCAGUAAACAUUUUGCUUCAGUUAGACACAAUGAACUCAUCUGAUAAAAGCUUGUUCAGAGAAGAAGCAGUGCAGAUCCUUCUCAGGGCAAUGGCAUCUCAAGAAAGCUCAGAGCAGAUAUUAUCUGCAUCAAUUCUAUCAAAUCUUGCUGGUACAUAUGCUUGGACAGGGGAACCAUAUACAGCUGCAUGGUUGCUGAGAAAAACAGGCUUGACCUCACACUACCACCAGAAUAUGAUAAGAAACUUCAACUGGUUGGAUCAGAGUCUACAGGAUACCAGCAUAGAUUUAUGGUGCAGUAAAAUUGCCAAAUAUAUCAUUAGCAUUGGGGAUUCUGUCUUCCAUGCUUUAGAGAGGGGUCUAAGAAGUAAGAUGAAAAUGGUUUCUAGAGACUGUCUUGUAACCAUUUCAUGGCUUGGAUGUCAAGUAUCAAAAAACCCUGACAGCCUCAGUUAUUCUGCAUCUGAGAGUAUACUGAGUGGAGUUGAGCAAUUUCUACAUCCUGGGGUGGAGUUGGAGGAAAGACUUCUAGCAUGUCUGUGCAUGUUUAAUUAUGCUUCUGGGAAAGGAAAGCAAAAACUAAUGCAUUUCUCAGAAGGAGUAAAGGAAUCAUUGAGACGCCUUUCAAGUAUAAUUUGGAUGGCUGAGGAAUUACACAGAGUAGCCGAUUUCUUGCUGCCAAACAUAUCACGUAUUUCUUGUGUUCACACACAAAUCCUUGAGGCAGGUCGCAGCUUCAGCGUAGCAGUUUGCUCCCUCAUAUACUUCAAGGGGUUGCUGUUCAGUGGAUAUUCAGAUGGAUCAAUAAAGGUUUGGGAUAUUAGGGGACACUCAGCCAGUCUUGUAUGGGACAUUAAAGAGCACAAGAAGUCUGUGACAUGCUUUUCACUUAAUGAACCAUCAGAUAGCCUUUUAAGCGGAUCCGCCGAUAAAACUAUAAGGGUGUGGAAAAUGAUCCAGAGAAAGCUGGAAUGUGUUGAAGUUAUAGUAUUGAAGGAACCAAUUCAUCAUUUACGUGCACAUGGUGAAACAAUUUUUGCAAUUUCUGAAAGCCAGGGACUAAAGCUAAUUAACGAAUCGAGAGUGAUCAGAGAUAUCUUCAAAGGUAAGCAUGUGAAGUGCAUGGCAAUAGCUCAAGGAAAGUUAUAUAUUGGAUGCACAGAUUCGAGUAUACAGGAGUAUUCCACAACACACAACCGUGAACUAGAAAUCAAACCACCUACAAGGAGUUGGAGGAAGCGAAGUAAGCCCAUCAAUGCAGUUGUAGCACAUAGAGACUGGCUCUAUAGUGCAAGUAAGCAUGUUGAAGGCACAACAUUCAAGGAGUGGAAAAGAGCUAGGAAACCCAAAGUCUCAAUCCUCACUGACAAAGGAGAUAACGUGGUGGCCUUGGAAGUGGUUGAAGACUUCUUGUACCAAAUCUCCAGCUCAUCACCGAAUAACAUUCAGAUCUGGUUGAGAGGAGCACCAAAAAAGUUAGGAAGAAUAUCGGCUGGAAGCAAGAUAACAAGCAUCCUCGCAGCCAAUGACAUCAUUUUUUGUGGUACUGAAAUGGGACUAAUCAAGGGUUGGAUCCCUCUGUAGGAAGAGCAACUUGCUGUUUGUACAUACAUAUCCUUUCAAGUUCAACACUUUGGCCAACUAGUACAACAAAGUGCCUGUCUUGCAGUCAUGUGAUGCCAUUGCCAAACCUCAAUGUGAAGGCUCAAAAGGCUGCAAUAAAUUCACCUGCCAAAGGCUUAAGUACAAACUUUACAUCAAGAAUUACUAUAGUACAUAUGUAAAAAUAUACAUUUUGAGUGAAAACCAAUGUGAAUAGUCGUUGUCUUUAAUGUACAGGAAAUAUUGUAUAUCAAAUACCAAGGUGUUAUUCCCUUCAACCAUGAUUUUGCAAAUUUAUAGCAAGAUAU